AUGUCCCACCCGCAAACCCUCUUCACACAAACCUCCUUCCACGGGCCCUCGCUGUUGCAAACCCGCCGCACAACCAUAGCCCGCACGACCGCCAAAGCCCAGCUCAAGAAACUGCGCGACACAGGCCGAUACGAGUGUUUCUCGCUGCGCCACCAACCGGUGUACGACGACCGUUCUCGCUGGCCGUGUCCGGCGCCUGUGUACUGGGACAGCGAUGUCGCGAAGUGGAUCGAGGGCGCGUGUUAUUUGCUCGCCGAAGAGUACGAUGCUGAGGUCGAUGCGGCGGUUAGGGAGAUCGUGGGGAUGGUGAGACAGGCGCAAGCAGAGGAUGGGUAUUUGAAUACUUGGUUUUUGAUCACGGGGGAGGAGAGGUGGGCGAAUGUUAGGGAUUUGCAUGAGUUGUAUUGUGCCGGUCACUUGAUCGAGGCCGCGCUGGCGCAUAGCAAGUACUACAAGAACAAUCUCUUGAUCGAGCCGAUCGAGAAGUACGUUAAGCUGAUCAGCACGGUUUUUGGACCGGGUCCAGAUCAGAAACACGGUUACCCGGGCCACCCAGAGACAGAACUCGCUCUCCUACGUUUGUAUGCAGUAACGGGAAACGAAAGCGCUUAUGAGUUGGCCAAGUACUUCGUCGAGGAGCGCGGUAACCCAACCGGCCAGGAAGGUCUUCCAUAUUAUGACUGGGAGCGAAUACGGCGUGGCGAUAGUCCUUGGAAGCGCUCGGAUAGUUAUCAAAUGCAUACCAGCAACUGGUAUAACCAGGCCCACGCGCCAAUUCUAGAACAGGAAUCUGUCGAAGGCCAUGCUGUGAGGGCAAUGUAUCUCUACACUGGGGUUGCCGACUUACUAUGUUUAGACGAACUUGGUGUGAAGUCGUACAAUCAUAAAAGUGAGUAUUUCGGUACUCUAAGUAAACUAUGGAACAAUAUGGUAGACAAGAAGAUGUACCUCACCGGAGGUAUCGGAUCAAUGUGGCAGUGGGAAGGCUUCGGCAUUGACUACUUCUUGCCGCAAGGAUCCGACGAGGGUGGAUGCUAUAAUGAGACGUGUGCAUCCAUUGGCGUCAUAAUGUUAGCAGAGCGGCUAUUACAUCUUGAUCUCAACUCUAAGUAUGCCGACAUAAUGGAACUAUGUCUUUACAAUGCCGUGAUGACAGGGUUAAGUCUCGAGGGAACCGCUUUCACAUACGUGAAUCAGCUAGCGAGUUCGGAGGUAGAUAGAAACCGCAGAGAGGAUUGGUUCGACACCUCAUGCUGCCCACCGAACGUGAUGCGGCUGUUUGGCUCUCUCGGCGGAUACCUAUGGGACUACGGAGGCACCGGAAAGGAUGUCUACGUCAACGUACAUCUCUAUACGACAGCCAAGGUCAAGUUCCAAGUAGAAGACCAACAAAUAAUUCUCGAGCAAAAGUCAAAUUGGCCUUGGGAAGGCAAUAUACUAUUCCAACUGGAGGCGGCGGCGGCAACAAACGUCACGAUCAGGUUAAGGAUCCCUUCCUGGGCGCAGGGGAGAUUUACGCUCACACCGAGCCAUAAACCUGCAAAGAUCGAAAAGGGUUACCUGGAACUUCCGCCAGCUUAUACAUCUUCAAAUCACGCAUUCUCGAUCCAGAUCGACGGGUUCAAGCCUCGAUUUAUAUCCCCGCAUCCAUAUACCAAUCAGAAUACUCUGACGCUAGCGCGCGGUCCUUUAAUAUACUGCGCUGAGGAUGUGGAUAACGCUUGGGAGCAGGACCACUUCCGCAACGUCGGGAUUAAAUCCGACUCUCCCGUCUCCGAGAGCGACGAGGAGCUCGUCCAAAUAAGGGAACGAUACGUUGCCCUCCGGUCGGUUGGCUGGAUCCGUAAGAUAGAUGAUCGGACCGAGUCAGAGUCCGGAAUGCUCCCCGGCUCGUCAGUCGCUCAGACGGUUGUGACGGAGAAGAAGGAACUCACUUUCAUCCCAUAUUAUCUCCGUGCUAACCGUGGUGGCAGGGGUCACAUGAGGGUUGGUCUCCUAAGACUAUGA